AAGUAAGUUCUUCCAACCUGAACAAUGAUACUUCCGCUAUGUCUCAUCAGUGUGUCUAUAAACACUGUUGACAUAUUAUUUCUUAAUAUUUAUUUACACCUUGUCAUUAGUAAAUUAUUAACUUCUGUAACUAAUUUUAAUCAUUGUUCAUUAGCCAAAAGAAGACAAUAGAGAUAUCCUGUAAGAAGUAGAUGAAAGUUCUUUUAAAUCUGUCAAUUAUAAGUCACUACUUCAGUACAUCUCAUUUCAUUUUAUUAACUAUAUUAUGUUAUCUGAUGACACUGAGAUAAAAAUGUUUCAUGGAUCGUCAAUCUUGGAAAACUAAAAAAAACUUCAUCAAGCUGAUGUUAGCCCAUAUCUACAACUCUUGGUUGAAUGGAUGUGAAAUAUUUCCUUUGAAGUGAGAAUAUUUCUAAAAAAAUUCUUAUACAAAUAUUUACUCUAAUAUUUUGUGUGCAGAUGAAAAUUGGAAGAUUUACCAUGAAAUUGUAAUUUUCUUAUGUGUGAUUACUAAUAUAACAAAAAUAUAUAUUUUUAAUUCGGAUGAUUUUAAUGUUCUUUUAGUUGCUCAUCAUUAAUUAUAAGAUUCCAUUUUAAGAAAUUCACUUGAAUUAUUUUUUAAUAGACCAUCUUACAGAAGAUAGUAUAAAUUAAACAGUAAAGUUAUGAAUGAAAAAGCAGAAACUGAGAAUAUUGAUGCAUCUACUGCUAUACAGGAAAAUCUGGACAAGAAAUCACAUCCUUGUGAUAUAUGUGGAGAGGUAUUCACAAGAAAGAAUUUAAGACAACACAAAUUAACUCACUCAUCCUCUAAGCUGUACCAGUGUGAAGUUUGUAAUAAACAGUUCACCAGCAGCAAUUUGUUAAUUCGCCACAAAGAUAUUCACACAAGAGAUAAACUAUACCAAUGUUAUAUCUGUGAUGAAACAUUUUCUACAAAAGAUCAUUUGUCUUCACACAUAUGUGUUCAAACAGGAGAAAGACCUUACCAGUGUGAUACCUGUAGUAAAACAUUUUCCAGAAGUGGUCAGCUGUCUUCUCACAAAUUAAUCCACACAGGAGAAAGACCAUACCAUUGUGAUAUUUGUGGUGAAACAUAUUCUGGAAGUCGUAGUUUAUCAAAACACAAACGCAUACACACAGGAGAAAAACCAUACAACUGUGAUAUUUGUAGUGAAAGGUUUUCAACACUUGAUGAACUAUCUUCCCAUAGACGUUGCCACAAAAGAGAAAAACCAUAUCACUGUGAUAUAUGUGGUAAAACAUUUACUAGAAGUGAUCAUUUGUCUUCACACAAAUUUAUUCACACUGGAGAAAAGCCAUAUUACUGUGAUAUAUGUGGUAAAACAUUUUCUAGAAGUGAUUAUUUGUCUAGCCACAAGCGUACGCACACAGGUGAAAAACCAUAUUACUGUGAUAUUUGUGGAAAAACAUUCUCUAGAAGUGGUGAAUUAUCUUUGCACAAACAUAUUCAUUCAGGUGAAAGGCCAUAUGUAUGUGAUGUCUGUGGUAAAACAUUCUCUCAAAAUGGUAUCUUAUCUAAACACAAACGUCUUCACACUGGAGAGAAACCAUACAAAUGUGAUAUCUGUGAUAAGAAAUUUUAUACAAGUAGUAAUUUAUCUUCCCACAUACGUACUCACACAGGAGAAAGACCCUACCGCUGUGAUAUCUGUGGUGCAACUUUCACUCAAAGCGGUAGUUUAUUUAAACAUAAACGUAUUCACACAGGAGAAAAACCAUAUCAAUGUGAUAUCUGUGAUAAAAAAUUCUCUACAAAUAGUCAUUUAUCUCGACACAAACGUAUUCAUACAGGUGAAAAACCAUACCACUGUGAUAUAUGUGGCCAAACAUUCACUCAAAAUAGUAAUUUAAACCAACACAAACGUAUUCAUUCAGAAGAAAGUCUAUAACAUUGUGAUAUUUGUGAAAAAAAACAUUUUCUUCAAUUGACUGUUUAUCUUCCCACAUAUGUAUCCACACAGGAGAAAGACUGUCACAACACUAUAGUAUAAUAAUAUUUUCUAGAAGUGGUGAUUUUUGUCUUCUGACAAAUAUAUUCAUUAUAUUCAUACACGUGAAAGGACAUUACUACACUGACGUUUGUGGUAAAACAUCCUCACAAAGUGAUCAUUUCUCUUGGCACCAACAUAUUUGCAAAGAAAAUAACUGUACAACUGUAAUAUUUUUUGGAAGUAGUGAUUUAACUCCGCACAAAUGUAUCCACACAAGCGAUAAAUCAUAUCUAUGUGAUAUCUAUAGUAAAAUAUUUUCUAUAACUAAUAACAUUUUGUAAUAAAUGAAUUUGUUAAUGUAUA